GCUUUAACAAAAACAGACCUCAAAGGCAUUUUGUGACGUCCUUGCCUGUUUCCAUAGAAGCGCUUGUGGUCUGGCCAAACAUGCUAUUCAUGAGCAUCCAACGAUAGGUAAUAGGUAAUAGCUUCCAUUAUAGCACUGAAAUAGAGCGCAGCGGCACAGCGGGCGAGGAUGGCCGCUGCCGGGCUGGAUACCCUGCGCCUGGAGGAUUCAGAUGACGAUUUUAAAUAUGAGGAGGUGGAUGUGAUGAGCGACGGGGAGGAUGAUGCGAGCGAGGACUUGGACGCGGCUCUUCGGAAACUCCAGCAGUUUACAAGCAAGCAAGAAGCGGCGACCGGGCCAGCACGGACUACGGAGGUAAAACCGGGGCAAGUGGUGAAGAAGCCGGAGGUCAUUGAUGACUUCCUGCGCAACUUCUUCAUCAAAAUGGGGCUGUCGCGGACGUGCGAGUGUUUCGAGGCUGAGUGGUACGAGCUCAAAGCCACGGGGCGGCUGGACAACAGCACCACCGUGCCGGACGUGUACCUUCGCAACGCGGAGCUGGAGGACGAUGUGGCGGGCCUGCGGCGCGAGCUGGCGGAGGCCAAGUCCAUUGCGGGCCGCGCCUCCGCCACCUGGGACAAGUUCCGCAAGGAGCGCGACUUCCACCGCAUGCACCACAAGCGGGUGGCGCAGGAGAAGAACAAGCUGUUGACUGACCUGCGGCGGCUCAAGGAGCACUACGCCAAGUAUGAGCCGACCAUCCUGGAGCUGAAGAAGAAGUACGAGACCCUGAUGAAGGAGAAGAUGAUGAUGAGCCUGGAGCGGGACAAGCUGGCGGCGCGGGUGGACGCACUGGAGCAGGUGGCGUCCUCGCCCCUACCCGGCGCGGAGCGGUCCUUGGGCGGCCAGUCCACAGCCGCAGCCGGUGGCGGCGCCUCCGGCCGCGCCCUGGGCGCCACCAACGGCGCACUCACAGGCGACGUGCCGCCUGCCGCCGGGGCGGCGGCGGCGGCCGCCACGGGCCGGUCGGGUGCGGUGUCGGCGGGUCCGCGGAGCGGUUGGGCGUCGUUGAACGCGCCGCCGCGGCGCAACCCGUACGCGGACCUUGAGUUCCCGGCGGCUCCUGUGAAGAUGCUAUCGCUCAACAAGACGUUCAAGGGCCACCUGCUGUCGGUGGCCAACCUGGCGCUGCACCCCACCAAGCCCAUCCUGGUCACCGCCUCGGACGACAAGACCUGGAAGAUGUGGCACAUGCCAGGUGCGGCCGGCGGGCGGGUGCAGGCGGCUGGGUGGUGCAAGGAGACCUACUACGGGCACCAGAACAGCUGCAACGGCGUGAGCUUCAACAUCCUGGGCACCCAGCUGGCCAGCACGGACGCGGACGGAGUGGUGAAACUGUGGGACACACGCAUGACCGCCGAGGUCGCCACCAUCAAUACCGGCAAGCACCCCGCCAACAAGUCCUGCUUCGACCGCUCCGGUCAGGUACUGGCGGUGGCGUGCGACGACGGCAAGGUCAAGGCCUACAGCACCACAGACGGAGUGCUGCAGGCGGAGCUGGCGGGCCACGAGGACGCGGUGCAGGCGGUGCUGUUCGACCCGGCGGGUCAGUACCUGGUCAGCUGCGGCUCAGACAACACCUUCCGCCUGUGGUCGUGAGGAGGGGAGCGGGAGGAGGACGAGGAGGAGGAGGGUGGUGGAGGAGGGUAGUGGAGGAGAAGGAGGAGGAGGGUGGUAGAGAGAAACUGGCGUUGUCUCUCCGUUCCCUUGCGCGGAAGGAGGGAGGGCAAGGGUGGAAGGUCGGAAGACGGUUGAAGGGCGCGCGACCCGACGGCAGCCUCAGCCUUAGGCGUGCUGCUGCUAGCGGGAAGUGUGCAAGGCAGGGACCCCGGUCCUCUGCUACCCUGGACUCUGCCGCGGGCAAGCCGUGGGGAGCAGGGGAGGCUGCUGGUCUGCAGGCUCGGGGUAAGGGGGCUAGGAGAGUGUCGUGCAAACAACAUGUCUGCGGGAUGCAGAGGGCUGUAAGAUUGCUUGUGAUCAACGUAAUCUUCCAUGGGCGUGGGUCAUGGGCGGUUUGGUGUGUCCGUUUGAGGUGUUGGAAACUGUGAGUUUGGUGAUUGCGUUUGCGCGUGCGGCAAUGGGUGCAUACCGGUGAUGUACCUGUAAGAUGGGGGCCAGCAUGUAGCCCGCGCCACGGGGCAUCCUGCUGCAAGGACCUACCCAGGGGUGAGCUGCUUUCCUGUGGUGUCGCAUGGGCCCAACUUCCGACUACCAGCUACGUGUGGGCGGUGUGUGUUUGGGCACACGGUGCGAAGGCACGUUCACGGUGAAUACGUGUGUAAUGACGGCAUCCA